AACCCUAGAAUUUCACUCCUCUCCGAAUUUCACUGCUGCUGCUAAGGGCCGUUUUGUAGGCAAAGCGACUCGUUCUCUUUCUCUCUCUAACAUCUGCCUACAAGUUUGUAGCCAUUCGCUAUGGGUAAAGAAAAGUUUCACAUCAACAUUGUCGUCAUUGGACAUGUCGACUCCGGGAAAUCGACCACUACUGGUCACUUGAUCUACAAGCUAGGUGGUAUUGACAAGCGUGUGAUCGAGAGGUUCGAGAAGGAGGCUGCUGAGAUGAACAAGAGGUCCUUCAAGUACGCAUGGGUUUUGGACAAGCUUAAGGCCGAGCGUGAGCGUGGUAUCACCAUUGAUAUUGCCCUGUGGAAGUUUGAGACCACCAAAUACUACUGCACAGUCAUCGAUGCCCCCGGACAUCGUGAUUUCAUCAAGAACAUGAUUACUGGAACCUCCCAGGCUGACUGUGCUGUCCUCAUCAUUGACUCCACCACUGGUGGUUUCGAAGCCGGUAUUUCGAAGGAUGGACAGACUCGUGAGCAUGCUCUUCUUGCUUUCACUCUUGGAGUCAAGCAGAUGAUCUGUUGUUGUAACAAGAUGGAUGCCACCACACCCAAGUACUCCAAGGGCAGGUACGAGGAAAUUGUCAAGGAGGUGUCUUCAUACCUGAAGAAGGUCGGAUACAACCCCGACAAAAUCCCAUUCGUUCCCAUCUCUGGUUUCGAGGGAGACAACAUGAUUGAGAGGUCGACCAACCUUGACUGGUACAAGGGCCCAACCCUUCUCGAGGCUCUUGACUUGAUCUCUGAGCCAAAGAGGCCCUCAGACAAGCCACUCCGUCUCCCACUUCAGGAUGUCUACAAGAUUGGUGGUAUUGGAACGGUGCCCGUCGGUCGUGUGGAGACUGGUUUGAUCAAGCCUGGUAUGCUCGUCACUUUCGGACCAACUGGUCUGACCACUGAGGUUAAGUCCGUUGAGAUGCACCACGAGUCUAUGCCCGAGGCUCUCCCCGGAGACAAUGUUGGGUUCAACGUCAAGAACGUUGCAGUCAAGGAUCUCAAGCGUGGGUUUGUUGCAUCCAACUCGAAGGACGACCCUGCUAAGGAAGCUGCCAACUUCACAUCCCAGGUCAUCAUCAUGAACCACCCUGGACAGAUUGGAAACGGUUAUGCACCAGUGCUGGACUGUCACACAUCCCACAUUGCUGUCAAGUUUAGGGAAAUCUUGACCAAGAUCGACAGGCGAUCGGGUAAGGAGAUUGAGAAGGAGCCCAAGUUCCUCAAGAAUGGUGAUGCCGGUAUGGUUAAUAUGAUUCCGACCAAGCCUAUGGUGGUGGAGACCUUCUCAGAGUACCCUCCUUUGGGUCGUUUUGCUGUUCGUGACAUGCGUCAGACAGUUGCUGUCGGUGUCAUCAAGAGUGUGGAGAAGAAGGAUCCAUCAGGAGCCAAGGUCACCAAGGCUGCUGCCAAGAAGGGUGCCAAGUGAAUGGUGCAGGUUCUUGAAUCGAAUUUUCGUUCGAGUGAAUUUUAUCUUUUUAAUAAACUUUGUCAUGAAAACUCCAUUUUUAGUUUUGUCGUUUUGUUUUGUCGGCUGUGGUUUUGCUUUUGCCUUUCACUCCCUUGUCUUUUGGGUUGUCAAUCCCAGAAUUGGGUGUUGGACAGGCGGUGGCGGGAUCUACAGCAUCGAGUCAGUAUUGUUCGAUUUUAGUAAUGUUUUAUUCUGUUGUGUGUUUUGAGGUGCUCCGGUUUUUUACUGGGUGGCUCGAGAAUUUUGUGUUGUUUCCUUGCAAGUGAUUAGAAUUGAACUAUUUGACCUUAGCUUUUAAAUUUAAUGCUUUGUUACUUA